AUGAUGUUGACGUGCGAUUAUUCUGAUCUAUCCGAAGAAAAUUCAAGAAAAUUUGCUAAAACAUGUGUAGAAAAAAAGCGUCGUGAUCGUAUUAAUAAAUGUCUCGAAGAAUUAAAAGACCUUAUAGCUUUAACUGAUGAUAGAGCACGGUAUCAAAAAUUAGAAAAAGCUGAAAUCCUCGAAAUGACCGUCAGUUAUAUUCGAAAUUUAAAACAACGAAUGAAUCAUCCAACAGACAAUUAUGAAAAUGGUUAUCGACAAUGUUCAGAAGAAAUAUGGAAAUUAAUUCAUUCGUCACCCAACAUAUAUCUUGAACAACGUCAACUUUUAGCAAAUCGUUGUCGACAAAUGUGGACUAAUCGUCGAUUAAUACACUAUCAUCCUUAUCAACAGCGAAUUAGCGAACCGAAAUGUCUACAAAUUAUCAUUAAUGAUUCCUGUUCUCCAUCAAGUCUAUCAUCGAAUUCUCUAAGUCCAUCAUCAGCAAAACUUUGGAAACCAUACAUGUAA